AGGCGAAGCGCAUGCUCAGUUCAAACCAGACCGCGUCCAUGAUGUAUAUAUGAUACUCUCCUGUCAACUCAGUCAAGUACACAUUAGAAAGUUCCAAGUACUUCUUUCAGCUCUUGGGUCCGAUAUAUAUACAUCCUGCCGCUCUUACUACAUACGAUCGUGCAUAACAACCCCAGCCUUGAACGAUAUUGGCACCCGCGUUCCCUUCUCUGCUGUCGUAGCGACUUCGUGCAAUCCUAUCAUCAACACUGCUCUGACUCCAAUCAACACAGCCGAGAUCACGAGCGAAAGUAACAUGAAUGGCACCGAACGUCUUUUGUUCGUCUUUCUAAUCCUCUCUGUCCAUGGAUUAUCAAUACCAUCCGAGAAGAUACGUUUAGACCUCUCUCAAACACCCAAGAAAGCAUCAAAUGCUUGGUCGACAGAAGCUAUUCUUACCUUGAUUGGCAUCUGUACUGCGACAGGGUGCUUUGCUAUUGGACUCGCUUGGCCCAAGCUACGUAGGUGGGUGUGCAGGCCAUACCACUGUAAGUCCCUCCAAUCAUGCGCAUCCACUACACGUUCAGAUCUGACCGACGAUUUUUAGACGUCUUUGAUUUCGUUUCUGACCAUGCGGCUGCAAAGCACGCGAGGAAAGUUGAUGGCUGGAAGAGGCUUAGCAAAGAUGACGUACGGCGCAAACAGCAGGAACAAUACAACGGGUUGCUUGAGCUGAGACGCGGAGGAUUCUGACUGAUAGAGUGGAUGAUGGUUAAGAUGGUGUGUCGUUGUAGGAAAAUCUCAGAUGGUGACAUGAUAUGUUGAUGCCGUACUGUAUCGUGGUAUUUCCUCGAGGAUUUUGGGCAAAUAUCUUGUAAUCCUGACCAGCAUGGUGCUUAGCUCUGCGCGCAUGCAACAGUCGACGCCCUGCUUCUCACACGGACGAAUCCCAGCGAAUUAGAGGAUAUGGGC